CUUUCUUUCUUGCGCCACCUCCCCGGUUUUGUGCCUUUCCCACAAAAGCCUCCUUCCUAUUUAUCCCAGCCUUUGAUGAAUCACCUGAGGAACAUAAACAAUGCCAGCAGGAAUUGCCCACCACUGCCUGCCUGGCUGACCCCUCCCUGCCCUCGCAGCAUUUAAUGUUCUAAUUAAAAAUCAGGAGGGAAAAGUGGCCUUGGGGAAGGGGCCGUGGAGGGGCUUGUCCGGGCCGUGUGGGCAGCUCUUGGAGCAGCAAUUCCCGUGGCCUGUCCCCUGCCAGCCCUGGCUGCUGCAGGAGCAGGGACUGGAGCCGGGAGAGGCCGAGGCGCACCCGGAGAGGGCACGGGAAGGUGCCGGCAGAGUGAGCAACGUGCUCGUGACUCGCCCCAGAGGCAGGAGUGGCCGUGGGGAGGGCGGCAGGGGCUACCACCCACGCCAGGCUGCGUGGGGCUGGCAUGUGGGUGCUCGCCCUGACUUUGGGCAGCGGCAGGACCCAGCCCCUGGCCUCGGGCGCUUUGCUCCAGCCUUGGUAGUCCUGUCCCAACCUUGGGCGGGCUGGGUGAGGUCUCCCCGUCCCCAAAACCCACCGAGGUGGGGAGGGUUGUAGCGGCGGCUGUUGGAGCUGGGGACAGCCAGGAGCGGUGGCGGCGGCGUGGCGAACUCCAGGGAGGUGCGAGCACGGCUGGAGGCGAGAUCGCAGCGCUCGGGGAUGUUUGGCCACCGGGGCGGCUCCCUGAGCCCGCUCAGCCUCUCUGUAUCACCCAGGCAUCCCCGCCGGAGGGAUGGGGCUGGGAGGGUGCCGUGCGAUCCGCCGGGUGAUCCCGGCAGGCCCCUCCUCUCUGCCCGUACCAUUGGCUCCGGCACGGCCGCCUGCGAGCGCUCAGCUCCGCCGGGGCCGGAGCGAUGGGAACCGGCGGCUGAGAGCCGUCGUCUGCCGGGGCCGCCCGGGCCACGCCGGAGCCCGCUCGGCUCGGCCAUGUAGCACCGCGGUCCCCUCCACCCGGCCGCGGUGGAGGCGAGAGCGGCCUCAUGGGCAACGCGCACCGCAAGAGGAGCCCGGCGGGCACCAAGCCCGGCUCCUCGUGGCCCUUCGGCCGUGCCGGGAAGCCGAGGGCAGGCGCUGCCAAGGGCGAGGGUGAGAAGCGGCUGAGCGUGCAGUACACGGCGGGCGAGGAAUGUCCCGACAACGUCUUCUUCCCCAGCACGCGGCCCCCGCACCUGGAGGAGCUGCACAACCAGGCCCAGCAGGGGCUGAAGUCCCUGCAGCACCAGGAGAAGCAAAAACAGACCAAAAGUGCCUGGGACCACGGGGACACCAGCAGCCUCCAGUCCUGUGCAUCCUCGGAGGAUGACAGCCUGUCCUUCCGGACCCGGGCAGCCUCCUGUGCCACGGACAGCACCUCUGAGGAUGCCCUCUCCAUCCGCUCCGAGAUGAUCCAGCGCAAAGGUUCCACCUUCCGACCACACGACUCCUUUCCCAAAUCCUCAGAGAGGGCUGGCAAGAAGAGGAAGGAGAGGAGGACGACGGUGCUGGGCAUCCCCCAGCACGUCCAUAAGGAGCUGGGUCUCAGGAACAGCCAUGGAGCCAAGGGACAUCCUGAGGCGGACGGGCGAGGGCCAGCGGGCCACGGGGCCAGCCAGGCGGGGCAGCCCCUGCUGAACGGGGGGCAGGUGCCCGGCGAUGCCGUCCGCAUCCCCACCAUCGACGGGAAGCUGCAGCCUCUGCCCGUGGCCGGCGGCGCCCGCGUCUGCCUGGGAGUGCUGGAGGAGGCGGAUGCAGCCCUGCAGAAGCACAUCAACAGGGUUUACUACGACGACAGCUUGGUGGGGAGGAAGACAGCGGCCAAGCUGUCACCCAUGGUGAGGCCGAAGUCGCUGGCCGUGCCGGGCAUGACCACCUACGCCAACCCCCCGGAGAUGCUGGUCGGCCCCGUCAUGUCCAUCUCGCCCCAGGGCACCUACAUGUCCAAGAUCAUCCCCAACGCCAUCCUGCCGCCCAUGGUGGACGUGGUGGCCCUGACGAGCAGCAGCGUGCGGACGCUGAGCCGCUGCAGCCUCGUGUCGUCCAGCCCGGCCUCGGUGCGCUCCCUGUCCCGCUUCUCGGAGCGCAGCCCCCGCAGCCGCGAGCCCUCCUCCUCCAGCGACAACUGGAGCCACUCACAGUCCACGGAGACCAUCGUCUCCAACAGCUCCACCAUCUCCUCCCAGGGCGGCUGCGAGCACCGGCCGCCCGAGGCGGGGCCGCGCGGCGAGGCGGACGCGGCAGCUCGCUCCGACACCGACCAAAUCAGCAUCUACAGCUCCACCAGCUUCGCCAGCUCCUGCUCCAAGCCCGCUGCCGGCCUCGCUCCUGCGGCCCCCGGGCUCCUGGCCAUGGGCAGUGGCCGCGCGUCCCCCGCCUACAGCACGAGCAGCCAGGCGGAGGGCUCGGACACGGCCAGCCUGGCCAGCGAGCGCUCCUCCGCCCGCAGCGUCUCCCUCAGGAAGAUGAAGAAGCCCCCGGCGCCUCCCCGCAGGACCUACUCGCUGCACCAGAAGGCUGACGGGGAGCCCAAGGUGCUGGGGCUGCCCCCCAGGCCCGACCGGCGGCCCCAGCGGGAGAGCAGCGCGCCCUGGUCCCCGCGCCCCGAGCCCUUCAGCCCCACGGGCGAGGAUGAGGUGUUCUCCCCAUCGCUGAGCGAGACCAGCAGCCUCCGCUCCGAGAGCCUGGCCGGCGCCAGCUCCCCCGAGGCCCCUCGGGGCCGCCCCGGCGUGACGGUGGUGCUGAGGGAGCCUCAAGCUCAGGCCAAGUGGAGCUGCCCAGAUGGGUCUGACCGCACCAUGUCCCCCUCCAGCGGCUACUCCAGCCAGAGCGGGACGCCCACACUGCCCACCAAGGGGUUGGGACCCCCAGCCGUGUCCCCGGGCAAGUCUCAGCCCCAGAAGCCGGACCGGGUCUGCUCCCUGCAGUCGCCUGCGCUCUCCGUGUCCUCCUCCCUCACCUCCAUCUCCUCCUCGGCCUCGGACCCGACCCCCCCCGAGGCGCUGACCGGUCGCUCAGACCGGUUCAUCAUCCCGCCGCACCCCAAGGUUCCCGCUCCCUUCUCCCCGCCACCCACCAAGCCCCAGCAGCCCCCGGCCCCCGCCGGCCCCCUCCAGCCCUCACCAACCCCCCCAGCGCCCAGCACUGCCGGCCAGGAGCCCUCGGCCAAGCCCAACGGCAAGUCCCCACCGCCGUCACCGCCGCCUGCCUACCACCCGCCUCCCCCGCCGGCCAAGAAGGUGGAGGGGAGCCCCCAGACCAGCAACGAGACCCCCUCUGACACCGCCUGGCCCCCGCCACCGCCGCCGGCCCCCGAGGAGCACGACCUGUCCAUGGCAGACUUCCCCCCUCCGGAUGAAUCCUAUCUCUCCAGCCUGCCCGAUGCCACCUCGGCCCCGGUGAACGGGCAGACGGCAACACCGAGCCCGGGGGCUGCUUCUUCGUCAUCUCAGCAGCAAGAGCCACCCACCGGGGUUCCACAGCCUCCGGGCCCCGCCGAGCCCCUUCCCACGGCCUCCGUGCCCCCGCCACCGCCGCCUCUCCCGCCGCCCUCGGCUCUGGCCCUGCCGCCCCAAAUCAGCCUUAAGAAGGCGGCCAACGGUCCCCGGGCUGAGGCCAAGAAGGAACCGGUGUCGCGGAGCAAGAGCGGCCCCGCGGCCAAGGAGGACGCCAGCCUGCCCAUCGUCACCCCCUCGCUGCUGCAGAUGGUGCGGCUGCGCUCGGUCAGCGUGGAGCCCGCGGCCGGAGCCGCGGCCGGAGCCGGGCCCGAGGAGCGUCCGGCCCCCCAGAAGCCCAUCCGGCGCUCCCUGUCCACGCGGCAGCCGCCUCCUGCCCAAGACGCGGUGCCUUCCAAGCAGCUCCACCACGCCGUGCACCUCAAGGCCGCCGCCUUGGCCUCCGGAGAGGCCGCGGAGAAGCCGCCGGGCGGCCGAGCGGCCCAGCCCGGCCCCGAGGGGCCCCCCGGGGAUGGGCAGCUGUCCCCCAGGAACAAAUCGCCGGCCUCCACCGCCAGCUUCAUCUUCGCCAAGAGCUCCAGGAAGCUGGUGAUCGAGACGGCCUCGUCCCCCGAGGCACAGGCCGACCUGAAGAGGAACUUGGUGGCCGAGCUGAUGAAUUUCUCGGGGCAGCGCUCGGCAGCCCCGGCUGCUGCUGCCCCGCAGGGCCCUGGAAAGGCACAAGCCCAGCGAAAACCUGGCAAGAUCCCCCCUCCAGUAGCCAAGAAGCCUUCGCUUGGCUCGGGGCCGGCUCCUUCCCCGAAGGCACCGGGGGCAGAGGUGUUGGGCUCCCUGGUGCUGGGCGGGGAUGCCAAGGUGGAGGAGAGCAGGACUAAGAGCGAGCUGGCGGGGACGGAGGGCAGGAACGGCACGGAGCCGCCGGCUCAGAGCCUCCCUGCACAAGACAGACGGGGAGAGAUGGCCUGAAGGAUGACACUGCAGGACUGGAGCCCCCACGGACAGGAAUCCAAAUCUCUCAGGGACCUGGGCAGGUCAACGGACGAGUGUGGAACUGGCAACUAACUUAAUACAGGAAGCAAACAGCCUUAGCCUCCACGGCCUUGAUGAUAUUUAUGCAAAAAUGGUGUUGGUUUCACUUUCCUAAGUACUACAGCUUUAUUUUGCUUUUUUUUUUUACUGGACUCGAGGCCUGUGCCCAGAGCCAGCACCUCCUCCCUGCCAAGCUGAUGCUCGGUGUGGGUGUGUGGAGCUGAGCAGCCACACCCAGAGGAGUUUGGGGGCCGAAGACACCGGAGCAGGAGCCACCGCUGCUGGCCAGACAGGCCCGUGAGGAACGGAAGCACUUUGGACAAGGGAAUGGGAAGGCUUUGGCCGUGACAGCGCCUGGGGGUUGCAAACAGGAACAGGAGGGGAUGGAGGUGCUGGUUGGGAGGGAUAGAGGCUUUGGCUCUUGAUGGAAAGGCAAGAGGGGCUUGUGGCCAGCACUGGCUCCGGCCACUCGCCACUGCCCGGCAAGAGGAAGGGCCUGGCUGCCCCUGGAGCUGGCCCUGGGCUCUGGGGUACAGCCUUGAUUCUGUUUCUGUAAACUCGGGUCACAUUUUAAUUUCUUUGAUUGUAAAAACAAAAACCAAACAAAACAACAAACCCAAGCAAACCAAACCAAACCAAAAGCAACUGACCCUCUGCCGCCGAGUAGCUGCUCAAAGCUCUGUACCUGGCUGGUAAAAAUGAUGACCGAA